CUUAUCAAAAACUGAGCAAUUAAUCAAUGUCAAUCUAUCUAGCUGCAAUCACUUGCUAUUAAUCAAACUUAAUUAGCACUAAUCCACAAGAAAUCAACAGAUUAGGGUUUUUAAUUUAUUAAAUUUCAUAAAUAAACCUGUUGCUCCUCAUUGUACUUUUAUCCUCCGGGGCUGCCUCUCCUUCUCAGUAGCUAAUCUGUACAUCCAAUACACCUAUCACGAUGAAAGAUCAGAUUUUAGACAGUAAUUAAAGCGAAAAAUCAAGAACAUGAAGGAAAUUAGAGAGUACCAGAGCGAGGACGUGAGCUACUAUUAGGAGAACCACCACGAACGGCACCGAUUCGAGGAACCAUGGCCGCAGAGACGCCGGCUGCGGAUUCGCCAUUCGAUGGAAACAGGGAGGUUUUAGAGAGAGAUAGAUGGGAGAAAGAGAUGGAGAGAUGAAGCACUGCAAUCAGAGAGGGUUUACGAGCUCGAUGGUUACUGAAGUUACCGAAAUAAAGAGGAAAGCCAGACUCUCACAGGCAAAUGGGGACGGAGCAGGCUCCGGGUCGGGUUGACCCGAUUAAUUUCACUUCUAAACGUGGCAGCUUUCUCUCUCUCCAAGCAAUCUCUUUUUCUCUCUCUCUCUCUCUCUCUCACUGGAUCAAUACUACAAACACUUGCGGUGCAAUUUGUAUAUCUACAAAAUCCGUGAUGGGUUCCUGAGCUUUGCUCCGCCGUAUUUUUCCGCCGAUGAGGAAUGUCUUUGCCGCCCUUAAGCGCCACCGCCACGUCACUCUGCUCUCCCAAAGUAAACUCUACACCAUGAGAGAAAAUGCACUCCAUUGGGAUGCCAUAAAUAUGUUGAAAUUAGAUGGAGACAAGAAAAUUGGUUUCCAUGUCAAUUGUUACAGCAACAUUCUGUUAUUCGGUUUUUGCAGUAUUUCCACCAGCGUGCAUGGUGAAAUGCCAUCGGCAGAGUAUGCAAAGUUGAGGAAGGAAUCACUAGAAAGUGAAUUCGGGCAUGCUCUCGAUGCAGGCUCCAAAAGUAUUUCUAUUGUCUACUGCUUUGGUCCGUUUUUAGCUUUGUAUAGAGCUGCAAUCAUUUCAUUUCAUGUGGUGAAGCUCACAGUCUGGCAAUUCUUUGUCCUUGACAUAAGGAAACGCGCCGUCAAGUUUCGUGAAACUCUUAUCCGCUUGGGACCUUUCUACAUCAAGCUCGGGCAGGCUUUGAGCACCAGGCGAGACAUACUAGCAACUAUAUACUGCCAAGAACUUGUUAAGUUACAGGAUCAAAUACCUCCAUUUCCAACGUGUAUUGCAAUUAAAUCUAUUGAAUCUCAGCUGGGUGCCCCCAUUUCAAAACUUUUUGCUGACAUCAGCACAGAGCCUGUUGCAGCAGCAUCCCUAGGGCAGGCCUAUAAAGCUCACUUGCACUCUGGGGAGCUGGUAGCAGUUAAAGUACAAAGGCCGGGUAUGUCACUUGUAUUGACCCUUGAUGCCUUGUUAUUAUUUGGGGGACAAUUAAAGCAUUUUGCCAAGGCCCGCAAAGAUCUACUAGUGGCAGUGAAUGAGAUGGUGAGGCAUAUGUUUGAUGAAAUUGAUUACAUCCGAGAGGCAAAGAAUGCUGACCAUUUUGCCUCUCUAUGCUCAUUUGGGACAGGUGAUGAGAAAAAGGCUGGUCCAAAGGCUACAGCUAGAAAAAGUCUUAAACAUAAAGAUGCAAACUGUAUAAAAGUUCCAAAAAUAUAUUGGGAGUUUACCCAGGAGUGGAUUGAUGGAAUUAAGCUUACAGAUGAGAUUGGCUUGGAGAGGGCUGGUUUGAACAGAAAAGGAUUAAUUGACCAGGGAUUAUACUGCUCUUUGAGACAAUUGCUUGAGGUGGGAUUUUUCCAUGCUGACCCACAUCCGGGUAACCUUGUCGCACAUCCGAGUACUCCAAAUCCAUUGAGAAAUAAAUCAUUUGACAUGCAUUCAGUUGUUGCCGCCACUGAAGAUCGUUUCCACUUCAUUCUCUCUAAGAAGGGGAAGAGGGUGCGUGUAUUCCUUGUUCGGGAUAUAAUUGCUGCAGCAUAUGCUUUUCUUGACGAUGAAGUUGUUGGUCGCAUGUUCAAUGAGAAGCCUGAGUCCAGAGUCUCACUUGAGUCAGAGGAACACGCGAUGGUCAUGAGGGUUGUAAAUGGGUUUCGGUAUCUCCGUCUAGCAAUAAAGUUGGCCCCAGAGGUGUGGACGGAAAUGCUUAUACGCAUGGCAGUUAUGCCCGACGUCCAUAAGUUUACAUUAGACGUCGUUUCAUCGCUAUUCAUUCAUUUUAAAGGCAAAAUUCCAGAAACUACUUUUGUUUGUAUAUCUAGACUUAUGCACAAGAUGGAACAAACCCGCAGCUCUUCGGAGUUUUGAAAUGAGUAUAGUCUUACUAAAGUUUCGUGGCUUGUGUAAGUUUAUCUU